UCUUCUCGCGCUUUGUGUGCUGCGUGUGUUUGAAACAUGGCAGCAGUUCAAGUAAGCGAAGCGGAGAAGGUUUAUAUUAUGCAUGGAGUUCGAUUUAAGAGAAUUCCCAAAGUGCAUUUAUCUGAGGAUGAGGAGGGAGUGAAGGAGAUGGAGUUGUCAGACGACCCUUACGACUGCAUGCGGCUCAAUGUGGAAAAUGUGCCGUGUAUCGUAACCCUCUGCAAGAUUGGUCACAGACAUGUGGUGGACGCCACGCUACAGGAAAAGGCCUGCUCUGUGGCCAGUCUCCUGAUUUCAGUCACACACAGAGGGACGGUCACGUGCGUCAGGAAAAUGGGAGGAGGAAGUCUGGACCCAGAAAGUAUCUUUGAGAUGACAGAGGCUGGGAAGCGUGUGGGCAAGGCUCUUCAUGCGCCUCUCAUGGAGCUGCUGCAGAAAGAAGAAAGUCUUGGCAAGAAACGGCAGAAAGUGGGAUUCCUCGGAUAGCUUCCUGUUUUGUACCUUUUUUUUUUUGUUGUUGUUUUUCAAAUAAAUGAGCUAA